GUUUGGAAGAAAGAUGGGUCCAAAGACUUCAAAGCAGGAAGAAGGUGCGUCAUUUGAAGCAAAGUAGCACACGUCGUCUCGUCGUCUGGCUUGUCUCCAACUCCAAGCGAUAUUUACUCAGACUCUCACAGCUUCUGAAUUCUGUUCUUUCGGCCCAGAGAGUAGAGACUAGUACUGGAUAGGAACAACCUGAAAAUUGAACUGCAACUGCAUCCCAAGAGAGUUGAAGGCGCUACUCCAACAGUCCAACUACCGCAGCCGGCUUCUCUCUCUGCUCUGCAAAUUGCAGAACUUGAGACGAUGAGGCAUUGGGACCAGUGGGCCGAAGAGGCUCUUCACAAGCUUGAUCGUCUGCAGCUUCUUCGUUCUCUCAGACCCAUUUACCUCCAUAAUGGACCGAUCCAAGAAGCCCAGAAAUCUGCCGAAGAUGAAUUCAACGUGUUCGAUGAAAUGCAGACAUGGGACCGCUCGUCUGUGGAGGUUCACAUUCCCGAACCCACAUUCGAAAAAUGGCUCCAUGACAUUCCCAGUUCCGGAGAUGAGGAAGGUACCCAGAAGUUUAAAAAGCUGCUACUUUUCUCUGGAAAUGACUAUUUAGGCUUGAGUUCACAUCCUACUAUUGGAAAAGCUGCUGCUAAGGCAGCGCUAGAACAUGGAAUGGGCCCGAGGGGUUCUGCUUUAAUUUGUGGAUACACUGAUUACCAUAGGCGAUUGGAGUCAUGCUUAGCAGACUUAAAGAAGAAAGAGGAUUGCCUUCUUUGUCCCACAGGGUUUGCAGCCAAUAUGGCCUUGAUGGUAGCUUUGGGAAAUCUUGGCUCUCUUUUGUCCGCUGGAAAAAUGCCUUUAACGAAUGAAAAGAUUGCAAUUUUUUCUGAUGCACUGAACCAUGCGUCAAUAAUCGAUGGUAUUCGUCUUGCUGAACGACAAAAAUCUGUAGAGAUAUUCAUCUAUAGACAUUGUGACAUGACACACCUUAAUGCGUUGUUAUCAAGUUGCACAAUGAGGAAGAAAGUCGUUGUGACUGAUAGCUUGUUUAGUAUGGACGGAGACUUUGCACCAAUCACUGAGCUUGUGAAGCUACGCAGGGAGCAUGACUUUCUGUUAGUUAUUGAUGAUGCUCAUGGAACAUUUGUUUGUGGAAAAAAUGGUGGUGGAGUGGCUGAGGAAUACAAUUGUGAAGGUGAUGUUGACAUAUGCGUUGGGACUUUAAGUAAGGCUGCAGGUUGCCAUGGCGGAUUCAUCGCAUGCAGCAAAAGGUGGAAGCAAUUCAUACAAUCAAGGGGUCGUUCUUUUAUAUUUUCAACUGCUACGCCAAUACCAAUUGCUGCUGCUGCUCAUGCUGCUGUUUUUGUGGCAAGAAAGGAAACAUGGCGUAGAAGGGAAAUUUGGAAUCGGGUGAAAGACUUUCGUGCUCUCACUGGAAUUCCCAUAAACAGUCCCAUAAUAUCGCUCAUAGUAGGGAGCGAAGAGAAGGCUCUGCAAGCCAGCCAGAGUUUGCUAAAAUCUGGCUUCCAUGUGACUGCAAUCAGACCCCCAACAGUGCCACCCAACUCAUGCAGGUCUGUGACAAAUCUUCUUUACACUUUCCGUUCUGCUACAGUGCAUUUACAAGUUCAGGUUACGUGUGACAUUGAGCGCAACGCACACGAGGAACGAUGUCGAGAGGUUCACAGCUGCACUCUCCCGUUGCGUCAAUUUCCAAGAAAUUGGCAUCCAUGGCUCAAAUGGAUAUGCGAGGCUUUAGGAUUUUCAUUCGCUAGAUUGCAAUAGUUCAUUGAUGUACUAAUAAUGAAUAGAACAUCACAGCUGCACUAUCUAUUGGUUGCAGACUUGAGUGUAACCAAGUUGGUUAAAAUAAUGCUUCUUUCUUUUGCACUUAAGUUUGAAUUGACAAAUCCCCCUCCAUGUAGUUUGUAAGAGUAGAAUCUCGCUUUGUUAACAAAAACUAAUUUCAAAAUCUGCCAUGCCAGAUUUUGAAGUCUCUUUGAAAUUAAUUUCAGUUUUUGUUUUCA